UUAUCGCCACUCAAAAAGCAACGUGUAACUCAGCCCUCAGUGUCAUGGCAGGAGAGGGAAUCACUAUUUCCCACUGGAUUUCAUGCCCAGUGCGCUACCAGGAGCAUUUCAAAACCAGAAAACUUCAGGAAUGCACUGUAGAUCAUCGACUGUUUGCUCUGCCAGGACCUGAAUGCCUGCCGGUUAAAGUGGACACUGUACAAGCCGACAGUGAGGACGAGGACUCAGGACAACCACUGUUUCAAAUCCUGCUGGACGUGACUCAGUUUAAACCAGAGGAUAUCCUCAUACAAGUGUUUGAGGGGUGGCUGCUCAUCAGAGGUCGGCACGGGGUGAGGAUGGAUGAGCAUGGUUUUGUGUCACGGAGUUUCACCAGACAGUAUCAACUGCCUGACCACCAGCUCCAGGCUGGAGACCUCAAAGCCAUACUGUGUCAUGAUGGGAUACUAGUGGUGGAGACUAAGGACCGAUGGUGGCCAGCGUGUGAUUAAUGUAGAAAACAAUAAAAUACCCGAUCAAACAUGGCCUUUGUACAGUUGAUGUGCAUAUGUUUUAGAAACUUUAACGACAUCAGGCUUGAUUGAUCUUUUGAAGCAAAAUGUAAUUAUUUCAAUAAAUUGUAAGUUCUUUUUUAA